CUCUUAGCCGUCAAGCUGCGCGCGCAGAAGCAAUUAGCAUCUGCAAGAUGAGUGGAGCGCAUGCCUGGUUGUCGGCCAUAGAAGCCCUAUGUAGCGUCUCAUGCAGAGGCGAAGGAAAAUGGCUCACGAAGGAGUAGGACUUUGCAAGGCCCUGAUCUGGGCCGUUCGAGAGGCUGUUUCCGACAUAGAAUGCGUGUGCUGCUUCUUUGCUUCAUCAUAUCACAGCACCGCGGACAGGACCAGCGGCACUGCAACCGACCGUGUGGGGAUGCCCAGCUAAUGUUACGCACAGCAGCAUAUCAAAGGGCCGAUGGUGAUGAUUCUAUGGCCUCUUGGAUGAGAUGAGAUGCAUUUGCUAGACGAGAAAUGAAUGUCUUUUUUCUUGGCCGCAUGGAGAAGAUUAUACGAGUGCUCUUUCGAUGUUGGGAAGGAGCAUCUAUGCGG